AUGCCGGUGGAAAAUGUCAAAGCUGAUCAGCGCGAUGAGUAUGUUCGGCUUGUGGUGCGGGAGCUCAAAUGUGGGAAGCUUCGUCUGGUAUCGAAAGCCCAUGGCCUCGGUGGAGUCUUUGGGGUCGCCAAGGCAAAUGGACGCCAAAGAAAGAUUUGGAAUGGCUCUGCUCUGUCUGGUCUGGCAGCAGAGCCGCCCAGGCCUUACAGGCUUGCAAGCCCUUCUUCUUUCUUGGAUGUCGAAAUCCAGCCUGGCGAGCGUCUUUUUUUCUCUAAGCGAGAUGCGUCUACCUUCUUUGAUUCUCUCCGCGUGCCAGAGCAAUUGCGAACCUGGUUUGGGCAGCCACCAGUGACGGUUGAAGAGCUCCUUGAUGCUGGGCUAAGCUUUGAGCAUAUCCUGGACUAUAAGGACGGUGAGGACAGCUUGGCUCUUAAUUCUGUGCUUUUUCCUGUACACACCGUGUGGCCUAUGGGUUUCUCCUGGUCAUCCGCAGUUGCCCAGAACACCACCGUGGCCACAUGCGUUGCUGCAGGAAUAGAUGAGGGUGCCAUCAUUUCGCCAGAUUAUCCUCUUCCGAGCUCUUAUGAUGAAGUUUGCUUUGUGGCCACCGAUGACACAAUCCUCAUGCACAAGACCCUUGGCCAAGGCUCCGACACGUUGUCGAAGCUUGACAAGGCUUUCGACGAGCGCGGAAUAAUCAGGAACACGUCCAAGGACGUCACGCUGCAGGAAAGUGUCACUGCGCUUGGGUGUGAUUUGUCAAAUGAUCCAGCGACAGCUGAACCAAGUUUGGACAAGAUCUUGAGAACAGUCGCUCGUACACUGGAUGUGCUGCACCGUGGAAAGGCAAGCCCAAGAGCCCUCCACAGUCUGUUGGGGGUAUGGGAAUGGUUUUCGCUGCUCCAGAGGACCUUUUUCAGCAUUUUUGAUGAUGUUUAUUCGUUCGUGCGCAGGGUUCCCGAACACUGCGUUGAGCAAUUGCCUGACAACGUGAUGAAUGAACUACUCGUCACUCUUUUGUUGGCGCCGCUGCUAGCAGUAAGCCUGGAUCGCGAGCCCUUGCACAUGCUGGUUGCAACAGAUGCUGCUCCAGAACAUGGUUUUGGAAUAAGCACGUGCAGUUGCGAUGCCAAGACUGCUAUGGAAGUCUGCCGCCUGGCCGAGCGUCGCGGCGACUAUGUGCGGCUGGCCGCUGCUCCAGGUGACCCUACAGAGGUUGCCAGGCUCGGGAGCCCACAUCGAUUGCCACAGACGCAGCUUGAUUUCAAAACAGUCAUGUCAGCCAAAGCUAAGUGGACGGCGCACUCAGGUGUGUUGGAGGCCCAUGCAUACCUUUUGGCAUUGAGGUGGUUGGCGCGGCAACCCAAGAAGCAUCAUCGCAAGAUCCCUUUCCUGAUUGACGCCAAAGCAGUGAUUGGCGCAGCAGCCAAGGGUCGCAGCUCAGCAAGGGCUUUGCGUACAAUUCUUCGUGCAGCGGCCUCCUUGUGUCUGGCAAGCGACCUGCUUCCGAGACUGGUGUACAUUCCCAGCGAGUCAAAUCCUGCAGACAAGCCUUCGCGAGGACUUCGAAACAGGCCUUCUCGUAGGCCGGUCCGAAAAUCUGGAGGCAAGACGCGUGCGCGCCAGAGUUUGCUCCGGAGUCUGGACAGGCUUGUCGAGGCCGAAAAUAUCAUCAAACGCUGGAUGUAG